AAUGUCUCUCUUUCCCAAUUGAUUUGUCCCAUAUGUUAUCUUCCCUUUUUGGUUAUGAAACUUUUUGUCUUUGAAGAUGAUGAAUCUGAGUCUACUGAGACAUUCUCGCUGAGAACUAAUCAACCGCUUGAUCCUGCAACUCUUGCAAGUCCAGAUAUUCUAUCAGACAUAUCAGAUGUCAGAAUAUCUGCAGUAUUUCCAAUAGAUGUCUAUGAGGAGAGAGCUAGAGCUGUAGUGUUGGUUGAAAAAGAGUCAUUUGCUGCAGUGGAACACUUUAAAGAUAGAUCUGAAAAGAAUGGAGAGAUUCAAAAAGAGAACCUUAUUUAUAGCACUAUGUCAGUGAAAGAAAGAACAGCCAUGGUCUCAAAAGUCAACACAGAUAUGGAAGAAAACUUUGAACCUUCUGUGAGACAUAGUUCACAAGAAGACCUUGUCCAAGACACAUCUGGUCAAGGUACUACAUUGCAAACAGCACUACAUAGCAAACAGCGUCCCCCAAAUAUCAAAAAACCUAUAAGAAAAAAGCUUAGAGAACGAGAGCUGUCCAGGUGCAGCAGCUCUGAGGGGGAGCUGGAAAGGGUGAGCUCUGAAGAAUCUUUGGAUAGUGAAUUUAUUCUUGAAGAAAACUUUUCAGCUAGCUCAGUUGUUCAGCCCCCUGUUUCUCCUUUAAUUAUUGAGACACCUAUAGGGUCCAUAAAAGACAAGGUUAAAGCUUUACAAACCAAAGUUGAACAGCAGGACAUGCAAAAAGCUAAGCAAGGUGUAGCAUGUGCAGAAAAAUCUUCCAUCAUUCCAAUGAAACAAGACAAUGUCAUGCCAGAACUUCCACAAGUUCCCAAAUCCCCUAAAUCUCCUCGAUCUCAGACAGAAAGAUUAGAGGAGAUUAUGUCAGUGAAGGAUCUAAUGAAAGCCUUUCAGACUGGACAGGACCCAUCAAAAUGUAAAUCUGGGCUUUUUGAGCAUAAGGCACCACUUUCUUCUCAUAGUGAAACAUCGAAAUACAAGCUUACAGAUACUGAAGAGACACUUGGAACAGAGCAGAGUCCAACCUAUGAGAUUCCUGUCAUUUUCAGUCAACAUGAGGAUGUGAAUAAAAUGGAAAAGAUGGACAUGAGAGAUGAACAAGUUAGUUCAAUCACAAAAACUACUGAGAAAACCCUGUUGAUAUCAGAAAGACCUUCAAAUGGUAAAACAGUAAAGUUUGCUGAUACCGUUCAAUAUGACUUUGGAAAUGAUAGCCCACUGGUAGAGUGCAGAAACAGAGAGCUGCAAGAGAAAGAGACACUGUCUGUGAAGGAUCGGAUGAAAAUAUUCCAAACAGAACAGGAUUUUCCACAAAAUACUACAGGACUUUCACAACACAAAGGCAUAGCUUCUUCUAGCACACAUUUUGUGUCUGAAUCUGAAUCCCAGGACCAUGCUCAGAGUCUCAUGGUUCUUAGUCCACAAGGUGACCCCAUCAUACAUGACAGCACAGAAGAUCAGACAGCAAAUUUUGUGCGACGUGAAGCUGAGGAAGUAGUAGUUUCAGGCGGUUCUCUUUUUGGAAAAACAGUUCCACAUCCUGAUUCUGUUAAAAGUGAGACAGUACGUAUCUGUUCCCCAGGUGAGGGGCAAGGUAAGCCCACUGUGUCUGUGAAAGAACUAAUGAAAACAUUCCAGGACCCUUCAGUUGAACAUGGACGCAUUAAAACCAAUGAUGUUGCAGCUCCUCAAACACAAAAGGAUAUUCCAACCCUUACUUCAGUUCACCAAACAGUAAACAAAGAGAACAAGUCUAAAAAUGAAUCUCAACAAAGUUCUGAUGUGACCUAUUUUAGAAAUACUGAUGAAAAUAUGGAGAGGAUUGAUUCCAAUGAUAAAAAUAUUAGCCUUAAGAAAGAAGCCUCAGAUUUGUCAGAGAAAAGCCCAGGGAAAAUGCAGUUAGAUGGAUCCUUUUUAAGCACUUUUGGUGAUUUAUCUGAGGAAACUCAAAUCAGCCCAGAUCGCAGAACCUCUGAGGACUUCAGUGCUGACAUAAAGGCUGAACUGGAAGAAAAUUCCGAAUAUCAACUAUUUAGGCAGACUCAAACAGUUUCAGAUGUCAAAUAUCAACAGUUGGUCCUUGAAGGGGACGAAUCACCUGGCGACUUUGACAGUCCUUGUUUUGUGGGAGACAUCAGCUCAGGCCUUGCUGGGAGAUCCAAGUAUGAAAACUUGACUGAAUCUUCAGAGAAGAGUGUUGAUUCCUCUUGUUCUAGCUCAGGAGAAAUGCAAACUUCUGACACACACCAAAGAAGAGAUGAAAAGACUUUUAGUCGUUCAAUAAGUGAAACCAAAGAAGAAAAGAAUAUUUUGGGGGCAGAUGAGGCCGAUAUAUUGGCAGACUACGAAAGCAAAAUGCUUUAUAGACAAAUUGACAUGGAAGAAAAAGAAGCCAUCAUCAGGGAACCAGGACUUCCAGAUAUCCAGACAGAGAAGAAAACAUCUUACCAGGCAUCUGCAGCAGAAAAGGACAUGCAAGGGACGCUGUUGUUAAUGGGAAAGGAUUUCCAUCAGUGCCCACAGAUUAAGUCUUUUGAAACACAUAAAAUUGAUCAGGAGUGUCAAGAAACAGAUGUACAUAAAGAAAUAGAUGAAGACACUUUAGCAUCAAUAGCUAAUGGAAACAAAAAAACAUUGAUGGGUGAAAGAGCACAGGUUUUAGAAAAUGACAAUAUAAUUAUGGGGGCAGGUGACAAAAGAAAAAGUGAACUGGAAAAAGACAGAACAUCUGAAACAUUAAAAGAUUUAUCAACCAACUUUUCAGUCAGUGAUGGUAAAUUUUUCCCAUACAAGGACAAGAAAACAUGUCAAAUAAAAGAAGACCAAGAUGGUGAAAGUAGUGCAUCUGAAAGCACAACACAGGCAAAAGGCCAUUCAACAUUGAUACGGGAAUACAAAAGAGAAGGAGCAAGGUUACAGCAAUCUGACACCACAAAGAAUGUGUCAGGUAUGUUUUCACAUCUCAGUUCUGAUGUUCAUGAAUACAUUAAAGAGCCAGUGGAAAGAAAAAGCCAUCUGGAAGAUGUUCUUCAUGAGAACGUCAAAGAAGUAAAACUGUCUAGAGAUCAUUCAGAAGAACAAAUUGAGAAAAAGAAAAACUCUGAGACUGCUGUAAUUUCACCCAAAGAAGAAAGAAUGAUUUCAGUUUUGGAGACUCCUUGCCAACAAAUUCAUACUGAAAGAACGAUAUAUCCAGAACAUUCUGUAUCAGAGAAGAAUAUGACAGGCAUGCUAUCACAUCUCAGCAGUGACCUAGAAGAUUAUCUCAAAGAAAAGCCAGUGAUGAGACAAAGUCAUUCUGAGGAAGAUCUAAUAAAUGAUCAAUGCAAAGAAAAAAAGCUGGUAAGAGAUUUUUCAAACGACAAGCUAUGCAGAGAGGAAAACUUGGAGACUCAUGUAGUUCAAGUCAAAGAGCAGAUAGUUUUUGAGACUCAGUUUGAAGAAGUUUGUGAUAAAAGAAAAGGAAGCCCAGAAAAGCCAGUAAUUGAGAAAGAUAUGUCAGGGAUGUUGUCACAUCUGAGUAGUGACCUGGAUGAAUAUGUCAGAGAAAUACCAGUGACAAGACAAAGUCUACCUGAGGAAGAUUUGGAUCUGGUAAGUGAGAGCUGCAAAGAAAUAAAACUUGCAAGAGAUGAUUUAGAGGACAAGACUGAGGAAAACGUAAAUGUUCAGACUGACCAGGUUGUAGUCAAUGAAGAGACAAAAACAUCUGACCUGGAGGCCAAAAUUGAACAAGUUUAUAUGGAGAGAAGAGGAAGCCCAAUAAAGCCAGCAAUAGAGAAAGAAAUGUCAGGCAUGUUGUCACAUCUCAGUAGUGACAUGAAUGAAUAUAUAAUCCAAAAACCAUUGACAAGUCAAAGUCAUCUUGAGGAAGAUCUGAUAAAUGAGACAUGCAAAGAAAUAAAACUUGCAAGAGGUGAUUCAGAAGACAAGACUGAGAAAAUAGAGAACCUUGAGACUGAACCAGAUGUAAUCAAAGAACAAACACAAACGUCUGUAUUUGAGAAUGAAUUUAAACAGGUUUAUGUUGAAAGAAAAGGAAGCCCACAAAAUCCGACAAUCAUAAAAAAUAUGACAGGCAUGUUGUCACAUCUCAGUAGUGACCUGGAUGAACAUUUCAAACAAAUACCAGUGACAAGACAAAGUCAUCCAGAGGAAGAUCUGGUCAGUGAGAGCUGCAAAGAAAUAAAACUUUCAAGAGAUGAUUCAAAGGACAGGACUCAGAAAAUGGAAAAUGCUCAGUUUGACACAGCUGUAGUCAAAGAACAAACAAAAACAUCUGUUUCAGAGGCCCAAUUUGAAAAGAUUUAUUUGGAGAACAAAGAAAGUCCACAAAAGCAAAUAAUCAUGAAAGACAUGUCAGGCAUGUUGUCCCAUCUUAGUAGUGACCUGGAUGAACAUGUCAAACAAAUUCCAUUGACAAGACAAAGUCUACCUGAAGAAUAUCUGGUCAGUGAGAGUUUCAAAGAAAUAAAACUUGCAAGAGAUUAUUCAGAGGACAAUUCUGAGAAAAUGGAAAAUGCUCAGACAGACCCAGCUGUAGUCAAUGAACAAACAAAACCAUCUGUUUCGGAUGCCCAAUUUGAACAGGUUUAUUUUGAGAGAUAUGGAAGAUCACAGAAGUCAGUUAUUGAAAGAGAUAUGUCAGGCAUGUUGUCACAUCUCAGUAGUGACCUGGAUGAACAUUUCAAACAAAUACCAGUGACAAGACAAAGUCAUCCAGAGGAAGAUCUGGUAAAUGAGAGCUGCAAUGAAACGAAACUGGCAAAAGAUAAUUCAGAAGACAAGCCUGGGGAAGAGGAAAAUGUUAAGGUUGACCCAGCUGUAAUCAAAGAACAAACAAAACCAUCUGUUUCAGAGGCCCAAUUUGAACAACUUUAUGUCAAGAAAAAAGAAAGUCCACAAAAACCAGUAAUCAUGAAAGACAUGUCAAGCAUGUUGUCCCAUCUCAGUAGUGACUUAGAUGAAUAUGUUAAACAAAUACCAGUGUCUCUACAAAAUCUCCCUGAAGAAGGUGUGGUCAAUGAGAGUUGCACAGAAAUAAAACUCUCAAGAGAUGAUUCAGAAGACAAGAUUGAGAAAAUGGAAAAUGGUCAGAUUGGCCCAGCCAUAGUCAAAGAACAAACAAAACCAUCUGCUUCAGAACCCCAGUUUGAACAAGUUUAUAUGGAGAGAAAAGGAAGAUCACAAAAGCCAGUAAUUGAGAAAGAUAUAUCAGGCAUGUUGUCACAUCUCAGCUGUGACCUGGAUGAAUAUUUCAAACAAAUACCAGUGACAAGACCAAGUCAUCCAGAGGAAGAUCUGGUAAAUGAGAGCUGCAAAGAAACAAAAGUGGCAAAGCAUGACUCAGAAAACAAGCCUGGGGAAGAGGAAAUUGUCCAGGCUGACCCAAAUGUAGUCAAAGAACAAACAGAAACAUCUGUUUCAGAGGCCCAAUUUGAACAAGUUUAUAUGGAGAGAAAAGGAAGAUCACAAAAACCAGUAAUUGAGAAAGAUAUGUCAGGCAUGUUAUCACAUCUCAGUUGUGACCUGGAUGAAUAUUUCAAACAAAUACCAGUGACAAGACAAAGUCUACCAGAGGAAGAUCUGGUAAAUGAGAGCUGCAAAGAAACAAAACUUGCAAAAGAUGAUUCAGAGGACAAGCCUGGGGAAGAGGAAAAUGUUAAGGUUGACCCAGCUGUAAUCAAAAAACAAAUAAAACCAUCUGUUUCAGAGGCCCAAUUUGAACAAGUUUAUAUGGAGAGAAAAGGUAUCUCACAAAAGCCACUAAUUGAGAAAGAUAUGUCAGGCAUGUUGUCACAUCUCAGUUGUGACCUGGAUGAACAUUUCAAGCAAAUACCAGUGACAAGACAAAGUCAUCCAGAGGAAGAUCUAGUAAGUGAGAGCUGCAAAGAAACAAAACUGGUAAAAGAUGAUUCAGAAGACAAGCCUAGGGAAGAGGAAAAUGUUCAGGCUGACCCAGCUGUAGUGCAAGAACUAACACAAUCUUCUGUUUCAGAGGUCCAAUUUGAACAAGUUUCUAUGGAGAGAAAAGGAAGCCAGAAGAAGCCAGUAAUUGUGAAAGAUAUGUCAGGCAUGUUGUCCCAUCUCAGUUGUGACCUGGACGAACAUUUCAAGCAAAUACCAGUGACAAGACAAAGUCAUCCAGAGGAAGAUCUAGUAAGUGAGAGCUGCAAAGAAACAAAACUGGUAAAAGAUGAUUCAGAAGACAAGCCUGGGGAAGAGGAAAAGGUUCAGGCUGACCCAGCUGUAGUGCAAGAACUAACACAAUCUUCUGUUUCAGAGGCCCAAUUUGAACAAGUUUCUAUGGAGAGAAAAGGAAGCCAGAAGAAGCCAGUAAUUGAGAAAGAUAUGUCAGGCAUGUUGUCCCAUCUCAUUUGUAACCUGGAUGAAUAUUUCAAACAUAAACCAGUGAUAAGUCAAAGUCAACUUGAGGAAGACCUGGUAAGCGAAAGCUGUAAGGAAGUAAAACUUGCGAGAGAUGUUUCAGAAGACAAGGUUUCAGUUGACCAAAACUUGCAGACUCAUGUAGUUGGUGACAAAGAACACACACAAGCCUCAGUUUUGGAAACUCAUUUUGACCAGGUUGAUGUAGUGAGAAAAGGAACCCCAAAAAAGCCAGUGACUGAAAAAGACAUGUCAGCAAUGUUGUCACAUCUGAGAACUGAUAUAGAUGAAUAUGUCUCAAAAGGUCCAGUGAUAAAAAGUAUUUCUGAUGAGGACCUGGUCAGUGAGAGCUGCAAAGAAAUUAAAUUGGCAAGGGAUAAUUUAGAAGAACAGAUUAGGGAAAGGAAAAACAUUCAGCUGGCUGCAUUUGGAGUCAAACAAAAACAACAAUCAUCAGAUUUAGAGAGUGAAUUUGAACAGGUUUGCAUUGAGAGAAAAGGAAGCCCACAAAAGCAAGUAACUGAGAAAGAUAUGUCAAGCAUCUUGUCCGUUCUCAGUAGUGACCUGGAUGAAAAUGACAAACAAAUGCCAUUGACAAGACAAAGUAAUUCUGAGGAAGAUCUGGUCAGUGAGAGCUGCAAAGAAAUAAAGCUGCCCAGGGAUAAUUUAGAAGAUAAUUUAAGUUUUGCUGCUUCCUCACAUCUCAACAUACAGGGGUCUUUUCAGCUUUCAAGUACUCAUAGCACACUAAAACGACCAUCUGAUUUAGACACCCUUCAGACUCAGGGGUUUGAUGACUCAGAUCAGGAACCAUGCCAUCAAGAUUCAUUAGAGGCCAGUCCUCUUAUGGAAGACAGAUCAUCAAAGAAGUCUCCUGAUUCCAUUGAGCCAAGCCCCACUAAAGAAUCUCCAUGUCAAGACUCUCUUGAAGGAAGUCCUACUCAACCAAAGGAGCAACAAUUUCAAAUGCCAGUACAGACAGCUGUAUAUGAAGAUUACGCUUCCCAGCUCAAAGCAUGUUUUGCUUCUGAUAAAGCCAUUCAUACAGAUGAAUCUGGCAACACCACACAAGAAAGCAUAACCGCAAUCCCACAAGUGGAUGGUAAAGUGAGGAUUGAUCAGUCUCCUAAGUCUACACAUGAAGUAACUGGGUUUAGUGUGUGGUCAAACGAGGGUGUUCACACACUCAUUAGGCAAGACUCUCUUGGUAGUAAUGACAGUGAGAAUGACACCACCAAUAAACAACACACUCCAGAAGAGGAGAUGUUUAAAAUAGCUGUAAAGAUCAAAACAUUUGAUGAAAUGGAACAUGAAUCCAAAAUGAAGAAAGACAAAUUGGUAAAUGCCCCUUCUCUAUCUGAUGAAAGUGCAGUGGAUCUCAAAUAUGACCCAGCUACAAAGGCUUCCUUAACAGAUGUGCUACACCAAAGCUCUGAAAAACAAGUAGCAGAAAGCUCUAAUCAGCCAGUUGAAGAUUCACUGUGUGUAAUCACAAGUCAGAAAGAGGAACCUGAGAGAAGUGUCUCUAUGCUCCAAGUAGCAGAAAUACACAAAGACAUGACAGAAGGUGUGAGUUCUCAAGAAGCAAAAGCACAUUUUCCUUGCACUGUGAGAAAUGAACAUACCUUAGCCAGUGGGUUUGCAAAUGAAUCGGUAUUGACACAUGAUUCGGAGUUUAACAAUAAACCCCAGGACUAUGGAACUAUUGAAGUAGAAGAUGUCACAUUAUGUUGUAGUUAUGAUAAUGUGACCUUAAAGGAACAUACUGAGGGUGAGCAACAAGUGCCUCUUGACGCUUUGGAGGACACAAAAAAACCUGAAAAAAUAUUUGUCCAGACACCAGGUGGGGAGAAAAGCCCCAGUCCAUUUCAGUUUCAGGAAGGAAAGCUUUUUGAAAUGACUCGGGGUGGAGCUAUUGAUAUGACAAGAAGAACUUUUGAUGAGGAAGAGGAAUCAUAUUUAUUCUUUCAUGUCGGAGAACAUCCAGUUGAAGAGGCUGUUUUGGAAACAACUGUUUCAGACACAACCCUUCAAAGGAGCCCAAAAUCCCAGGUAACUCCAGAUGUCUGUGGUGUAAAUUCCAGUCCUGAAUCCAAAAGUACCACAAAACCCUCUCUUGAAAAGUCAAAGCUUGAGAAAUCACUUCAAAAUGUUGAUCUGUGCAGCUUUACGGACACCAAGCUUGCUUCUCCAAAUGCUUCUAAGACUUUUACAGAUAUUUCAACAGAGGCUGAAAGUCUCAAAAACCUUGGGCUGGUCUAUCUGGACAGCACAAUAGCUGACCUUCAGCUAGAUACAUCUGCUGAAUCUGAAAAGAAUUCUUUAGAUUCCUCAUCAUCUGAUGAUGAUGAGCUUGAUGAAGAUGAAGACCAAUGCUCAGUCAUAGAAAUGAGAUAUCAUCAACACUCACCCCGACCCCUGGAUUUCAAAGAAACCCCCAAAGAUAGAAAGGACAUAUCAGUGAGAGAACCACAGCUUUCAGAGCUUGUUCAAGUUCGAGAAGCAGGAGAAAUCCUAACUUUUAGUCGUAGAACUAGAUCUGAGGAUAACACAACUAAGGCCUUUGGUAAAGAAGGUAGGAGUUAUUCUGAGAGUAGUCAACCCUCUAAUAUAUUAACUAUUCAUUCUUCCAAACCUACUACCAUUAUCCAAGAGAAAGCUUUGGCUGAUUGGAUUUCUUCAAGUUCUCCUCCAAUAAAUGAAACAUCUGUGAGGUCUUCUUUAGAGACCGAUGAAAUGAGCAGCACUAGUCACAUGAGUUCAGAUUCUGUUAUAUUUACAUAUGACAUCCCAGCCUCCCAAAGUUCAGAUUCUGAUAGCAGUCAGUUGCCGGUUGUACAUCCAUCCUGCGGAACAGAGGAUGUGUUUGAGUCCAGGCCUGCCUGGGAUGACACAGUGGAAACUCAGAUGCAGAGAAUCGGUGAUGAUCAGACUCCAGAAUUUACCUCAGCUGACUGGCAGGAUGACACUGACCGGAAAGAAGAAACAUUAGCAAUUAUUGCAGAUCUUCUUGGCUUCAGCUGGACUGAGCUAGCAAGGGAACUGGAAUUCAGUGAGGAUGAUGUUCAGCAAGUCAGAACAGAGAAUCCUAAUUCCUUGCAAGAGCAGAGCCAUGCCUUGUUGCAACGAUGGGUUGAACGGGAAGGCAAACAUGCUACAGAGGAUAGCCUGAUAAAAAGGCUAACGAAGAUCAAUCGCAUGGACAUCGUCCAUCUUAUUGAAACCCAGAUGAACAAGUCAGUUCAAGAGCAAACAUCAAGGACAUAUGCAGAGAUAGAAAAGACACUUGACCACAGUGAAGUCUCAGUAGCUCUAUCUUCAGUUCAAGAGGAUACAGACAGCCCAAGAAUUGUCAGGAGGGUAGAGUCAGACCGCAGGCCACCCCCAGCUGUAUCUGAAGAAGAUCUCUCUGUUGCCUCCUUAUUGGAUAUUCCUUCAUGGGCAGAACCUGCAGGACAAACUCACUCAGAAAGCAUGCACGGAGACCUAUUGGAGGAGCCCGAAAUCCCACAUGAACUGAACCCUAAUCUGUGGACCUCAGAGGAUGUGAUUACACAAGAAUCCACUAGUCACUCAGAUGAGCAAGUAUCAUCUUCAACUUUCAAGACAAAUAUUGCUCAAGCCCCAAAACACAAUGUUGAUAUGGGACAAAUUCAGGGCAUGCAAACAGAAACACUUUUGUUGACACAUGAUUCAAACACAGCAAUGAUAACAUCCCACAAUGAACCUGUGUUGGACAUAGUGAACACUGAAUGUGACAUUACAUCAACCAGCCAAAGUAGCUUUCCACAGGGAAAAUAUAAUGAGUCAGACUCUGAGACUCUAGAAUCACAAGAAAACUUAGAUUCUGUACUUACCAUCAAGUCCUUAAACUCUAGCCCAACAUCACAGAAAAGUGGAUCUCCUCAGUUUGAUCAGAUGUUUUCUGAUUUGAAGGAAAUUAAACUCAAGUUAGCACCAGAAAAACAUGAUUCACAUGCAUCAGAGUCCUCUGACAGCAGCCCCGAUGAGAAAGAAGCUUACAUAUAUACAGAACUUUCACCUGAAGAGGAAUACCCUACUGAAAAAGUAGAUGAAGUCAGUGUGUUUCCUGUUCCACAACUUACAGAAGGUAUUGUAAAUGUAGGACAAUGUCUUGAUACAAAACAUGCGCCUGAGUCAGACUCUGACAUUCAUCAAGAAUCGAAUUCAUCAACUGAAGCUCCAUCAAUCCCUGAAGUUCAUCAAAGAUUUGGUGAGGAAAUUCAAGAGCAAAGCUUUGGACACUUUCAGUACUGCCAAAGUAUUCAGAGUCUUACUGACACAUUUGCUUCAUCGAGAGACAUACUUGAGAAAAAUCAGAAUAACUUUAACAGGAAAAACCUUAUGACAAACACCUAUUCAAAUUGCGAAGGACAAUGCCUACCUACACAAUCUUUAGAGCCAAGGGGCACAACAGAAGAAACCUCUGCUGAGGGUAACCAAGAUCAAUGUUUAUGGGAGGGAACCUCCACUAAAACCAUAUCUACCUACCCUGUGUCUGAUUUUACUCCUGACAUAGCUACAUCUUCGAGACAUUUCAGCUUUGAUGAGCUGAUACCUUACCCCUCUUCCAGGAGUGUAGAAAAACUUUCUGAUGAGAAUGGGUAUGAAUAUUUUGCCCCUGAAUCUCCUAUAUUCAAACUCAAAACUGAAACCUCCUCAUCAGGUUCUGAUGAGGAGUACACCAACCAACUAGAAGCUGCAGACAUCUCCUCUGCUUCAGGGACCCAUACCAGGACCCCUCUCAGAAUUGCUGAUGGAUCACAGUGCAGAAAAGACAGUCCAAACCUGGAAUACUCUGACAUGGAGUCUUUUUUUGACUGCAAACAAGUAGUGUCGGAUUUGUCAGAGAAUGAACUUGAUGCACCUGAGACAAUUGGUAGUGCAGGUCCAGCUCAGUCUCAGGUCGACACAGAGACACAAGAAAAGGCAAAGCAAAAAAUUAUCCCGUCUUCUGGAAGUGAAGAUUAUGAAGAUGCUCUUUUGGUUCAUGAGUCGUACAAUCAGGAACUUGAAGAGAGCAGAGAAUCACUACAUCACUCAGAGACAUCAGAUGAAGAAUUCACUCUAUGCAAAACUUCUCUACCUUCUGGAACUUACUAUACUGAUAAGUCUCUGCAAAGGGAGAUCUCUGCAGAAUUUGGAUCAAUAUCAGAAAGUUCAGAUGAGGAGUUUCUGACUACCAGAAUAAUACGAAGGAGAAUUUUCAUCAAGGUUGAUGAAGGAGCUCACCUCCCUACUCAGUCCGUGACUGAAGAAAAGUACAGAGAUGAAAAUGGGCAUUUAGUUGUCAAAAGGGUUACACGAAAAGUAGUCCGCAAGUGCGCUUCUGUGAAUGGUGAAGAGAUACCGUCAGAAGGAGCUUCUCAGGACUCUUUGACUGUAGCAGACGAAGAUGGUUAUUCCAGGAUGGGAAAGCGGACAGUACUGAAAAGUGUUGGAGACCACACAGAGGUCACAUUUUUAAAAAGUGAAGGCUUCCUGUCAUCCAGGCAAGAAAAAGUUGAUUCAGAAAAGAAAACUGUGGUUGAGGCGGAAAAAACAACAACUUCCCAGGGAGAUCCGUCUUUGGCCUCAAAGCUCCCAUCAGCCCAAAAUUAUUCCAAACAGGGCCCACAUGUGUAAAGAUUCAACCCACAAACAGUGGUGGAAGGAUCAGGGCAGCACGAAGACGUCCUCAUCUCGCAAUUGGAGGACCCAGGAAAAGAUCAGUUGCCUGUGAUCAAUAGUAGCAACUCCACCAGGUUUUUCACUGCUGCCAUGAAAAUGAGGACAACAAUAAAGACAAAACAGAGGUGGAAGAGCAACUGAAUGACUAACUCUCUCCCCAGAUCCCCAGCUCUGUCCACGCUAAAGUCCCUGCUAAUCCUAUGCAUUAGCCACAUGCAAUCCCAGUGUGCACCUCAGAGAUACCACAGUCUUCCCAUUUUAGUCCAGGAAGUUUAAUUUUUGUUUUCCAAUUUUUUUUAUUUUUUUUUUUAUUUUUAUUUUUUUGACAAUAUCAAACCAUGAUUUUUAAAAUUAUUUUCUGAAGUUGCUUUGCCUUUUUAUGACCAAAGAAAGCCUUCUGUUGUUUUCUUAUUGAAUUAUUCUGAAUGUCCAGGUUGUUGUAGUUUUGCUUUGAAUAUGUGGAAGAGCAACAAGAAAACAGAUGAUAAAAACAGGCGAACACAGUCCAAGGUAAAGAACAACUUACCUUAAAAUAAUUUCAGCUACUGAUGUCUUCAUAGGGGUUCAGAAUUAAACAAAAAAAUAUAUAAUAUACAUCACUCUGGCUGUAACAUGCUUCUUUCACCAACAGUUUGAGUCCUUUUCAUUUUUUUUUCUUGACUCAGGUGGUCAGGAUGUCACAAACAGAAAAACGGACUGUGCUGACACAAAAUGUAACUGCUGCUGUCGUGUUUCGUGUAGACUAUGUGUACUCUUGUCUUUAGUAGCCAGAAACAUAUAUUAUCUAUUAUAUGAAAAUAGCUGACAUCUGUAGCCUAGGAAUUAAUAAUCACUCACAUGAAGUAAAACUGGCAUGGCUAAUCAACACGUGUCAGUGAGAUCCCGGCUUUGACUGCUUUGCCGCUCUGUGGACUGUCUUUCAGACUUAUUUUUAUUUCCUCAGUGUGUCUUUUUAUGUGUUAUUACAUUUGCUCCUUGGCUUUCUGAUCGUGACUCAUGAGCUAUGGAUGAUGAACGUGUGCUGAUCAAGCUGCAGCAGUGGUGACUGGUUUCACUAGAGUUUUGCAAGCAUCACCACUUCAAAAGCUAUUUAAAUUUCAGGUAUCCAUCAGCAAAAGAAAAACAUUUACACGUCUGUGGAGCAUAACCAGGUAUUUGCUGAACUAUUUAAUGUAAAAGCUUUAUUAGCUCUUUUAUUUCAUUGAGAAAAGAUUUAAUUGAGUGGAUGAGUGUGUGCUUGUUUAUUUUACGUAAAUUGCUUUUGCACUCCUGAAUGUCAGGUGGGAACCCCUCCACGCUUUUUGUGCACAGGCCAUAAGGGAACAGUAAAUGGGCAGUUUCAUUGCGGAGGGUUGCGGGGUGUGGAGGAUGAUGAAAUGACACAAGAUGGCUGAACGGUGUCACUGUGCUUACCUGGGACAUGUAUAUCACUCUCACUGUUUACGUUGUGAUUUAAAGAAAACAUGCAAAAUAGUGGAAGUUCACUGUGACAGGUUUGCUUUUAGUUUACUGAAACAGCAUUGUUUUUUGAUGACAGUUAUGUGCAUAUACAGCUCAUAAUUAUAUAAUUAUCUACAAGGGCAUGAAUUAUUGUAUUAAAUUUCAAAUGGACUAAAAGUAAAUGGCUGCAGUGUAUCUAUGACUGGUAGAAAAUAAAAACCUACAAACAUA